GCAGCCGCGCAGCGCACGCUCGCGACCAGCCAGCCCGCCCCGCCGCAGAGGCAAGAUCACCAGUCGGCAACGGGACAAGUGCCAGCGGCCUCAGCAAAAGCAGCGAGUAGUUCCAGCCAGGUAUGGGGUGCAACCGCACCCGAAAAGCCACCUGAGCCUGCUCCGGUUUUCCUCCCAGACAGCAGUUCUACCACCCGCUGCUCCUCUUCCAUGCCCACGGGCCACCAGAGCCAUUUGGAAAAGCCUCGGGAGACUACGAGGGCUCCCCCGCUGCACCUGCGGUCCGAGUCCGUCCCUACUCACUCCUCCUACAGCUUUACACCCCCCGUCCCACCUGUGAGAACGCUGGAGAGCAAAAUCGCUGCCGCCAUGCACUCAAACAACACAGACGCCAUCCACAACUCCAAUUAUCACGCCUUCCUGUCUUCCUCCAUGCUGGCCUCCUCUGUGGAGGAAGCCCUGCUGCCGCCGCCGCCACCUCCACCACCCAAGCACGCUUCCCUGCAGUCCGUGUAUGUGCCGCAUCCCAAGCCGGAGAGCAUCCCCGAGCCCUCCGGGCCGGACAACUACGUGCACCACAAGCCGGCUUCCAUCCAUCAGUACAGGCCUGAGAGCGUUCCUCCUCACAUCUCCUACCACAGCAAGCCUGACCAGCACCAAGCCUACCCUCCUCGGUCAGAGACGCCCACUUCUGCAAGCACUCGCUACAACACCUACACCAACCAAGGGAAGAGCACCUCGGCUCUCCACGCCAAGCCUCGCAGCCGGACCGAGUUUGUGUCCUCCGUGAGCCCGACGGGCCUGCGUAACGCCGGCUAUGCCGAGGAUGCUCCGCCCUACCCCACUAUCCGAAGGGUUCAGUCGCUGCACGUCCCCACCCCUGCCGCCUCCGCUAUCCGCUCCGUUCCCAUUUCACGGACCGAGGUGCCUCCGGACGACGAGCCGGUGUACUGCCCGCGGCCCCUCUAUCAGUACAAGCCGUAUCAGCCCCACUCCGACUACCACGUAACGCAGCUGCAGCCUUACUUUGAGAACGGGCGGGUACAUUACCGGUACAGUCCUUACUCCAGCUCUUCCGGCUCCUCUUAUUACACCACUGCUGAUGGGAGCUUUUACGACCUGGACCCCUACAGCACUGUGCGGGUCAGGCCUUUCCACGCCCUGCCCAGCCGAGACUUUGCCUCGUACGCCUCGCGGCUGCAAAGCAAAGGCCUGUACCGCUAUCCCAGCUUGUCUGCCUACCCUCGGGGCGGCCUCAUCAGCCACCUGGCAGGCAAAGAGCACAGCUUCGUCAGCAGAGACGUGCCUCCUGCCCCGGACAUCAAGCACAUGUACAUGUCGUGGGACCUCGAGGACAUGGAGAAGUACCGCAUGCAGUCUAUUCGCCGCGACAGCCGCACGCGCCAGAAGGUGAAGGGGCCGGUGAUGUCCCAGUAUGAUAACAUGGCCCCGCUGCUGCAGGAGGAACUGGGAGGACUGGAUGCGAUUCACUUGCGCAGCAAAUCAGAUCCUGGGAAAACUGGCCUCCUCACCGUGGCAGAAGGGAAGGAGGGGAGGUACCCGGCGAAAGCAGCUACGCCCGAGGGGGACGAACGUUACUACAUGCAGCACCCUGAGCCAGAGCUGGACAGAGCCCACUACCACGGGGCCUACGGGAACGGGCAGUCGGAGAAGCCGUCCCUUCCCCAGAAGCAGAGCAGCGUCCGGAACAGGAAGCUGCACGAGCCGGGCUGCAACGCAAACGAACACAGGACGCACUUGCAGCAGGAAGCAAGCCAUAGGCAGCCUUCCGAAUCCAAAAACGGGCCCCCUUAUCCCGACUACAGGCCCAAAGGUGGCCCAGAGCCCUCCGAGCCCAUUGGUUACCAGCACCCGGGCGGGAAGUACAUCCCGGCAAACCAGGAGACCCUGAGACUGAACCACAAGGAGGUGAGGUUGGCAGAGGACAGGCCGGAUUUGGAGAGGUCCCGAGCCAGGCCGACUGCAUCCAUAGAGAAACACUCCAGAGACUGCUAUAAAGAGGAGGAGCACGCUGCCUCCCCCAUGGCACCGCCGCCCAAGCCCGAACGGAGCCACAGCCUCAGAAUGCAGCACCCCGAAACCAUGGAGAGGGACUCUGCCCUCCUCUACCCAUACCAAACCCUUGGGAAACGCCAAAGCACUAUGACUAUGGUGUCCCAGUACGAUAACGUGGAGGAUUACCAUACCAUGCCUCAGCACCAAAGAGGGGGCUACGUUGGAGGAGGGGGGUUUGUGCCCCCCAGUUUUACCCACGUGCACAGUAGAACUUACGCCACGGCCCUUGGCCAGGGAGCCUUCCUCCCGACGGAGCUGUGUUUGCAGAGGCCUGAAACAGAGGUCCACGUUGAGUGA